AUGCCUCCCAGGAUACCAGCCACGGCGGCUUUCAAGCCUGCGCUGCCCUUGAUGCGCGCCAUCACCACAACAUCACAACCCAAGAAUCCUCGUGCCUCCCGCCCGAGUACCGCCUCCAACCUCCUCUCCCUAGACGAAGCUCCCAAGCGUGGCGGCGCCAACGCCGGCUCUGGCGCGGCCUCCGAGUCCCGCCUGCGCAGCUCCACCGACGAGAUCCAGCGCCUCAUUGCCCGUACGGAUGAGCGCUACUCCCGCAUCAAGAGCCACCGCGCCGAUAUCCAGAAGCGUGUCGAGGCUCAGCGCAUGAAGAAGUGGAGGAGGAAGGCGGCCAAGACGGCUGACGUGUUCGAUGUCCUCGGCAACUUUACUCUCAUCUCCGAUUUUACCACGAGCAUGGGCCAAAUCCAGCACUCGGAACAGACUGGGCUCCGGCCUGCUAACCAACGCAAGGUUGCCAAGGCGAUCCGAAGGGCUAUGGGUAUGGGUCUUCAUCCCAGCGUUCACCGACACCCCGAGCUUUUGCAGAUGGAAUGGCAGUCAAAGAGGUCACGACCGUGA